GUCCAGGACAGAGCGGAAACAGCGGGGACCGGGAAAACGGCGCGAGCCUGUGAACGGGACUCUCUCUCUCUCUCUCUCCUCCAUUUUGGUUCAGUGAUGGAGAACAUCCGGACUCCAAAGGUGGACAAAGUGCGUCUUCUGGACAGGUCGUCAGGUCAGCGAAAAAUCAGCGUGGGGACUCUUUAUCUCUCUGCCACUCACACCAUCUUUGUGGACAACAACCCUGAGACACGCAAGGAGACGUGGGUGUUGCACAGCAUGGUGUCCAGUGUGGAGAGACUCCCCCCCUCACCUGCAGGAAGUCAGCUGAUCCUGCGCUGUAAGGACUUCCAGGUCUUCCAGAUCCUUGUCCCUCAGGAGAGGGACUGUGUGGACGUCCACGCCUCACUGGUCAGGUUGUCACGUCCAGAGAAGUACAGUGAACUCUACUGUUUGUCCUUCAAUCCUAACGUAAACAAAGAGCAGAGGGCGGAGUCGUGGGCGUUCAUCGACCUUGUGGCCGACUACAAGAGGAUGGGUGUUCCUAACAACCUGUGGGUCGCCACGGCAGCCAACAGUGAAUACAGAGUGUGCGACACGUAUCCGUCACAGCUGUUUGUUCCAAAGUCGGCCACGCCCACCGUCAUUGUGGGCAGCUCCAGGUUCAGGAGCCGAGGACGAUUUCCUGCUCUGUCCUACUUUCACCAGGACACGCUGGCAGCAGUGUGUCGCUGCAGUCAGCCUCUGUCUGGCUUCAGUGGACGCAGCCAGGAAGACGAGAUGAUGCUGCAGGCUGUGAUGAAGUCCAAUCCUGGAAGUGACUUCAUCUAUGUGGUGGACACCAGGCCCAAGCUGAAUGCCAUGGCGAAUCGAGCAGCAGGUAAAGGUUACGAGAACGAGGAUCACUACACCAACAUCAAGCUGCAUUUCAUCGGUAUUGAGAACAUUCACGUGAUGAGGAGCAGUCAACAGAAGUUCAUCGAGGGUGAGACUCAUGUCGUCUUUUCAUUCCUUCACAAUAAAAGCUCAACAUUCUCACGUUACUGACAUGAAAUCACGACA